AUGAGUCCAGUGGCUUCAACGAGGUGGUGCCCGACGCCGGAGCAACUAAUGAUCCUGGAAGAGAUGUACCGAAGCGGUAUACGGACGCCUAAUGCUGUGCAGAUACAGCAGAUCACAGCUCACUUAGCUUUCUAUGGACGUAUCGAAGGCAAAAACGUCUUUUACUGGUUUCAGAACCAUAAGGCAAGAGAUAGACAGAAGCUAAGGAAGAAACUCGCUAAGCAACUUCACCAACAACAACACCAUCUCCAGCUCCAACAAAGCAAACCAAAACAGUUAUCCAUGUUGUCUCAACCACUUAAUAACAUCAUUGAUUAUCAUAAUCCUUACCAUCAGCAUCAUCUUAAUCAUCAUCGUCCGUAUGAUCAUAUGUCCUUCGCUUGCUGCCCUCAGCCUUCUCCCAUUUGUCCGUCUCAUCAGGGAGUUGGAGUAGACAUACAAAGCAAAUUGGUAAACGAAUAUUAUCGCAACAAAAGUGGACCUGAAGAUAUGUUAAUGCCAAAAUCAAUAACGGGUCAAAACUCAUCGUAUGGUCGAGAUUGGAUGAUGAUGAUGAAUUUAGGCCCACGACCAUCAUAUCCCUCCUCAUCAUCAUCAUCGCUCGUUCCAUGUUGCAACAUGAUGUUGAACAGUCCAAAGACACCACUAAAAACCCUUGAGCUCUUCCCAGUCUCAUCCAUCAACUCGAAAGAAGACAGUACCAAACUUUAA